AUGGAAAGCGGAAUCAGGGUCUCAGACGACGCCGUCAGCAAGUACAACCUCAUGAAGCUCAAGAAGGUGAAGACGAAGUACAUGGUCCUCAAGGUCACCGGUGUACACGUCAACGUGGAAAACGAGGGCGAGGGCGGUGUGGACGAUCUUUUGGGCGUUCUGCCCACAAACGAGUGUGCGUUCGUAGUGUUCGACAAAGGCCAAACUUUAGUUCUCUUCAUGUACGCCCCCAGUGGAGCCACCACUCAGUCCAGGACAGUGUACUCGACCACUAAACAGACGGUCGAGAACGCUCUUUCUGGAGUGAAGUUGUACAGGAACCUCGUCGAGGACCACGACGAGGUGAAGGAAGCCCUCAAGUAA